AUGCGCCUGCUCUCCUCCCAGAGAUUCUCGUCUACAUCCUGCGUUGAGCGCCUGUACUUUGGUUUGGCACAGCACAUCUUUUACGAUGUUCCGCUCAAUGUCUGCCAGGCUUCCAAGCCGCUUUGCCAAUACGGCGCGGCUAGCGCAGAGGAGGCCAGUUCGGUACUCUCCCUCGAGAGCCUUCGCGAGUGUUGUCCCUCCGAAGCCAAGGACAAUAUCACAACUCUCCCUAACGGUAUCCGUGUCGCGUCCGAGGCUCUGCCAGACGCUUUUUCUGGUGUGGGCGUGUACAUCGAUGCUGGGUCUCGAUACGAGAAUGAAUACCUGCGCGGUGCUAGCCAUAUCAUGGACCGGUUGGCCUUCAAGUCUACCGACAAGCACACCGCCGACGAGAUGUUGGAGAACGUCGAGAAUCUGGGCGGGAACGUCCAAUGCGCCUCUUCACGCGAGUCGAUGAUGUAUCAAGCCGCCACCUUCAAUGCCGCCAUUCCCACGACCGUCGGCCUCCUGGCCGAGACGAUCCGAAACCCCCUGCUCACUGACGAAGAGAUUGCGCAACAACUCGAGACUGCCGAGUACGAGGUCAAGGAGAUCUGGUCCAAGCCGGAGUUGAUCCUACCGGAGCUGGUGCAUAUGGCGGCCUUCAAAGACAACACUCUUGGAAAUCCCCUCUUAUGCCCUCAGGAGAGGCUGGCAGCGAUUGACAAGGACGUUAUCAAAUCGUAUCGCGAUGCUUUCUACAGGCCAGAGAGGAUAGUAGUAGCAUUCGCUGGUAUACCCCACAACGAGGCUGUCACCCUGACGGAACAGUACUUUGGGGACAUGAAGGCGCCAGAUCAGACCCUCCUCUCUCGGACUGGGUCAGAGACGUCGAUAGACUCGCUUGCCUCAGAGAACAGCGGUUCUUCGGUAGCGUCAUCUCCUUCUUCAGCCUCCUCAUCACAGAGUCCAAGGCUCAUGUCCAAGAUACCCUUCCUCAAGAAUCUCUCCACAUCUGCGUCUCAAAACGCAAAUGUCGUCUCAACGCCUUCCGCGACUAUCGAGGAGAAUCUCAUCCGACCUUCUCAUUACACAGGAGGUUUCCUGACACUACCGCCACAGCCCCCGCCACUGAACCCCAACCUUCCAGUCUUCACACACAUCCAGCUCGCCUUCGAGGGCCUCCCCAUCUCCUCUGACGAUAUCUACGCUCUCGCCACUCUCCAGACUCUGCUCGGCGGCGGCGGUUCCUUCUCCGCCGGUGGUCCAGGCAAAGGCAUGUACUCCCGCCUCUACACCAACGUCCUGAACCAACACGGCUGGGUCGAGUCCUGCGUCGCCUUCAACCACUCCUACACCGAUUCCGGGCUCUUCGGCAUCGCCAGCUCGUGCUACCCGGGCCGCACCGCCAAGAUGCUCGAGGUCAUGUGCCGCGAGCUGCGCGCCCUGACCCUCGACACCGGCUUCAGCGCCCUCGGCGAGGUCGAGGUCAGCCGCGCCAAGAACCAGCUGCGGUCCUCCCUGCUCAUGAACCUCGAGAGCCGCAUGGUCGAGCUCGAGGACCUGGGCCGCCAGGUCCAGGUCCACGGGCGCAAGAUCCCCGUCCACGAGAUGACCCGCAAGAUCAACGAGCUCACGGUCGAGGACCUGCGCCGCGUGGCCGACAUGGUCGUCGGCGGCAUGGUCCAGAACCCCGGCCAGGGCAGCGGCGCGCCGACGGUGGUGCUGCAGGAGGCGCAGGCCGCGGGCGUCACGACGAAGCAGAUGUCGUGGGACGAGAUCCAGGACAUGGUCUAUAAGUGGCAGUUGGGCAGGAGGUAG